AUGCUACCUGGUGAUGGCACAGUAAUGGAUCAAGCUGAGGAGCCCAGCACAUCCUUGUUGAAAGAAGAAUCGGAGUGUGAAACAAGCGACAAUCAACGGCCUCCGCACAAACGAAAGCGGAUCAAUGAUGAGCCUUACGUCGCAACCACUGAAGACGACACGGAAAUGAGUGAAUUGGAAAAUGACGACCGAGCGCAGAAAAAACGGCAUAAAGUUCGAGGAAUUUCGAAAUCUUUACCUCAUCCGUGUCCACAUUGCCAGAUGCGAUUCCUCUUCCCAAACAAGCUCCGCCAACACAUCGAAAACAAGCACUCGAAAAAACAUGAGUGUGCAAACUGCAGUGAGAAGUUCGACGUCUUUGAAGAACUACGAAAACAUUGGGCCAUGAGUCACACGAAAAUAUACAAAUGUGAGAUUUGCGAGUACACUCAUCGCAAGAAGGCAAUGGUGGCACGGCACACCCGAAAACAACAUGAAAAUGGCGUGAAGUGUCCAAUAGCCGGAUGCCCAGCAACAAUGUCUGCAUGGAGAAUUGGUCAACACAUGACUCGGUGUCACCCAAAUGCGACCCCAACAAAGCCAGCACCCAUUUAUGAGGAAGUAACGAUCGAAUCAAUCUUGCAUCAUUGCGACUGGUGUAGCUUUGCAACUUCGGAUCCAAAGGCCUACGAAUAUCAUGUCGAUGGUGAACAUGGAGGGGGAGUUAUCUGCCCAAUGCCAUCCUGUCAAAUGCGCAUGUUUUUGAGCAAAUUGAACGCUCACAUGGAAGCUUAUCAUUGCGAUAAUGAGGAUAAUGAGGCAUCUUGUGAGAACAACAAUGAAUUGCCAAAUCGUCGAUCAAGAAGUGAGGGACUCUGGGCGGAUGCGGAUGAGGAGGAGCCAAAGGUGGUUUUGCUUCCAUCUGCAGUUCAAGCGGUUCUACAACAAAACACAAAAGGCCUUUCAUCCGUGCAGUGCGACGUUUGCCAUAAAACCUUUGGCAAACAAUAUGCCUUGAAAAAGCACGUUGCCACGGUUCAUGAGCGAAGAUACGCUACCAAGACGAUCUACCCAAAGAAGUUUCCAUGUACGUAUGAAGGUUGUGGAAAAUUUUUCAAAUCGCAGGCAGACUUGGGCUAUCAUGAAAAUGUGCAUACGGGUACACGCCCCUUUAAAUGUCCAAAGUGCGAAUUCCCUUUCACGUCUCGCGCCUACCUUGCAAAACAUCUGAAAAGAAGACACAUGACGACAGUCAAGGAUUUGACCGAAGUUGAACGCGCUUUUGGAUUCGGUGCAGCGAAUAAUGUGACUGAA